AUGAAGUUCGUCGCAUUGUCCGCGAUUGGUGUGGUGUUGCUUGCGCUACAACUGACCAGCGCAGCUCCGGCGGAGGAAGUGAAACCAAGUGAGCAGCUACCGUCGAAAGCCGACCUAGUGAAACCAGUUACCCAGGUGGAGCAGCUUCCAGUGGCUGCCGUCAAGACGGAAACCGAGGCCCUAGCACCCGAGACGGCCCAGGAGAGCGAACAGGAUGCGGUCCUUGCGGGUGCCGCCGAAGUGAGCAGCUUUGUGGAGGAAACCGCUGCCGAAGACGAGGUUGCUUUGGAAAGUAGUGAACUGGACUCGAGUUUCCGCAGCAAGCGAUCGGUUGCGUGUACUGAGGUCGUUGGGGAUGAUGGCGUUACGCGCACGGUUUGCGCACCGGAUCAGGAAGCGGAGAGCAGUGUGAUGUCGGAGCGAUCGUACGGUGGACACCACGGCGGCCAUGGAUACGGCCACGAGCAGAAGGGCCACGAGGCGCACGGUUACGGCCACGGAGGUCACGAGCACAAGGGUCACGAGGCGCACGGUUACGGCCACGGAGGCCACGAGCACAAGGGUUACGGACACGAGAUGCACGGCCACGGAGGACACGAGCACAAGGGUUACGGACAUGAACAUAAGGGCUACGGACACGAGCAUAAGGGCCACGAGCAUAAGGGAUACGGCCACGAACACAAGGGUUACGGACACGGUGGUGGUCACGAGCAUAAGGGUUACGGUCACGAGCAUAAGGGAUACGGUCACGAGCAUAAGGGAUACGGACAUGAGCAUAAGGGCCACGAACAUAAGGGCUACGGACAUGAGCAUAAGGGCUACGGACAUGGCGGCGGUCAUGAGCAUAAGGGUUACGGACACGAGCACAAAGGAUACGGACACGAGCAUAAGGGCUACGGACACGAACAUAAGGGCCACGAACAUAAGGGAUACGGCCACGAACAUAAAGGCUAUGGACACGAGCAUAAAGGCCAUGAGCAUAAGGGGUACGGACACGAGCAUAAGGGAUACGGACACGAGCAUAAGGGUUACGGACACGAGAUGCACGGCCACGGAGGACACGAGCACAAGGGUUACGGACACGAGCAUAAGGGAUACGGACACGAGCAUAAGGGUUACGGACACGAGAUGCACGGCCACGGAGGACACGAGCACAAGGGCUACGGACACGGUGGAGGCCACGAGCAUAAGGGCUACGGUCACGAGCAUAAGGGAUACGGACACGGACACGGCCACGAGCACAAGGGCUACGGCCAUGAGGCACAUGGCCACCACGGAGGUUACGGCCAUCACGGCGGCUACGAGCACAAGAAGUCCCACGCUUACCGGUCGGCCACCUAUUCGCACCCAGUUUCCCAUGGCCACGCCGGAGGAUACGGCGGCCACGCUGAGCCAGUGAAGUGUGGAGCGAACUUGCUCGUCGGAUGCGCACCGUCGGUCGCGAAGGUUCCUUGCCAGCCGGUGCACGACCACGGACACGGACAUGGUGGCUACGGUGGACAUGCGGCCGCCUCGGAGCUGGCCUACCGGUUCGCCGAGCCGCAUCCUUUCGAACAGGAUGAAUAG